ACCGAAAUGAUAUCUUUAAUAAUAGGAACAUCUUUCUAAAUCAUUCAUACUGCAACAGAAAGUAUAAGCGUAUGGUUUGGGCAAUAAAAUGUCGUUGCUUAUUUUUUGCCAUGUUACCUCUUUCACAACUGAUGCAGUAAUGUUAGUCGAAAGGUUUUUCCCUGCCAUACAAAGUCAUUCUUUAAAUGACAUUUUCAUGUGAACGUAUGUUGAUAGUUAAAACACAUAUACAUGGUCGUUCAGCAUUUUUGUUUUACUUUUAGUAAUAUUUCAACCUCCUUAUUGGAGGUUUUCAUCAGACUAUACCAAAAUUUGCCGUUGCUAGAGGUGAUUAUUACAUUGACAAAAAAUCGACGUCACUGCAAAAACUUCCGUCUAAGAAACAUGGUAUUUAAUUACAUCGUUUUCACUGGGUGCAUUAUGGUCAUUUGUCAUGGACAAGAUAAUUUGAAUAAAGCAAAUUCCCUACUGAGACAGGAAUUGCAGAUUCAAAAGAAAGCAUGUGAAGGUGUUGCUAAAAUGGAAGAAAUAGUCAGCAAAGUCACCGAAUUUACUGAAAACGAGAUCAUUAUCUGGGAAGAGGAGCUGUUUUCUGCAAAAUUAUACAUUUGUGAAGUUUCCAAGAAGACGGAGUUUCUUGUUGGCAAAUUGGUUAGCUUAGAGAAAAGUGUAAUGUACAACAUAUGCUUUAAAUCGCAUCAAUGUGAUAAUGCGAUUCCCGCCCUAGAAAAUCUGGUCGAACAUUUAAAAGAAAAAAAAGAAAAACAUAACGCUGCAAUUUUAUUACUUUUUGUUAUUAACGUAACUCUGCCAAGAUGUUCUCCAUAUAAAAUGCUUAGAGAGUUAAAUUUUCUUUUAAAAGAGUUGACCAGGAUAUGGACACUAUUUUUACCACUUGUAAUUAUCGUGUUUAUAUUUUUUUCAUGUCGUCACGUAUAUGUUUCCAUGCUUUUGUUUCUUGCAAUUCCUUUUUUCUUUCCGUACUUUGAUAAUCACAAGAAACUGGUUGUUACAUUUCAUGACGAGGUUCUGCCAUUUGAUUUAAAUGAUACACAAACGCUUAAGGUUAUUACUAAUAUAUUGUGCGAUGUUAGAAUGAAACGAAAAUUUAAAGAUUUAAAAACUGUUCUAAGUGAUCAUAUUUGGUACGGUAAAAAGAACGCCAAAAGAAUUAAGGAAAAUCUUAGCGGGGUAAUGAAGUCAUUUCAGAUACAAUCAUUAUUAGAGAAUUUGAAAGAUAGAGGAUACAGCGACCUGGCAAAUGAAGCUAGAUACCUUCAAAAAGAUUUCAAGCGCUACUUGGAAGAAUUAAUUAAAACGUUAAAGGUUUCACAAUAUUUUUAUAAUUACGCUGCGGAUUCAUUUAAAGUUAUUUUAGAAUCGCAAUCUAAAAUUGAAACGUGGCAAAUGUUACUUUGGUAUAAAAACAUUCGUUUAAAGUCACAAAAUCUAAAAAUGAAUUUUUCAAUUCAUGAAUGGUAUUUCAAUAAAUUAAUUCAAGAAAUUGAUGAUCUUGAAAUAAGACACCAUCAUAAACAGGAGAACGUCGAUAUGAGAAUGCAAAUUUUGUUUGCAAUUCUAGUCUACUCUUUCCUUCUACUUUUUCCUUUUAUUAUUGUUGCAUCAAUCCGUUAUCGAUGGCUUCUCUUUCUGCUUUUUGCUCUUGUACCUAUGACAGCAAUUGCCAUGACAUAUGUUUAUAAUCAAUCCGAUCGUAAUGCUGCUGCAUUGUGGAAUCUCAAAGAGUUCUUAGUCCAAAUAAAAAAUUACUCAAGGAAAACUGUUGAACAAAUACCCAACGUUAAUCCAAUGAAGAUCACGGAAGAGAUUGGAAUGUUACACCAAGGAGUCAAAGACCGUUUAUCUUACGAUACUUUUCAGUAUUAUUUCAAAGAUGCUCUUGAUAUAGCUAAGGAAAAUUUGAAUGAAAUAGAUGAUAUUAUCCGAAAACUUUUAAACAAGUAGAUAAGAAGUAGGUAGCAAUAAAGGCAAUGCAAAUGAUUGUUAACUUUUUAGUAAUUUAAUUAUAAAAUAGUUGUUUUUCUAAUUCUAUUUUUUUAUAUUUUUUCUGUAUUUGACGAACUUUUUUUGAAGUUUUCAUGUCGAUGCUAUAUGCACCCGUACUAAAAACUAUUAGAUGAACACCCUUUCUUGAAUUGAUCACAAUCGCUGUAACCCGUAUUUCGGCAAAAUCAGCAAUAGACUUGCUCGUACAGAAGGUCUUGAAUCAACGCUGUUCCUUUUACUGAAGUUCGAUGUUAAAAUUUAGUUGUUUUUUCAAGAUUUUUUAUAAUUCAAUUUCGUGUUCCCUAUUUUAUAGCUUUUUUAUGUUUCUUAAUAUUUAUAUUUAUAAUAGAAAAAUUAAAAUAACAAAGCCUGUAAUUGUGAUAAAAAACUUUUUUGCAUC